AAUAAUCCGGCUUGGCGCACAUUGGCGUUGUUCUCUGAUAGUGCAGCGUGCGGCAGUUCCACAAGCAACAACUGCUGACCAACUUGCACGUGGAAAUACUUCCAAAGACCGGUGGAGCUUUUUGAAGACCUUAGAACGGGAGAGAUCAUGACAGGUGGCGUGGGAAAUCCUGGCAACGGCCAUUGUGAGAAGAUCAGAGAUUUUAAUCACGUUCUAGUCACCGGAGGAGCGGGUUACAUAGGCUCCGUGCUUGUGCCUUUGUUGCUCAAGGAAGGUUUGGAGGUGACUGUCUACGAUACAUUUCGCUUUGGCAUUGCUCCCCUUCUAUCCCACAUUCACGACAAAAAUCUACAUUUUGUGAAGGGAGACAUACUUGACGAAGGACUGCUGUCGCAGAAGUUGAAGAAUGUAGACGCUGUUGUCCAUCUUGCAGCCAUUGUCGGAUAUCCAGCCUGUGAGAAGGAUCCCGAUCUCGCACGCAAAGUGAACGAGGAAGGUACCAGGAACGUUGUCAACUGCUUGCAUAAUCACCAGAAGAUAGUUUAUUCUUCGACAGGAUCGUGCUACGGAGCCGUGAAAGACAUUUGUCAUGAGGAGACAUCUCUUUCGCCAUUGACUCUCUACGGCGAAACCAAAGCGGAGGCCGAAAGAACGGUGUUGGAUUAUGGUGGUGUGUCUCUGCGACUUGCCACUUUGUUCGGCGUCUCACCACGCAUGCGCCUCGAUCUUUUGGUCAAUGAUCUCACUAUGGAAGCUCUGACAAAGAAGAAAUUCAACGUGUACCAAGAUGAAUUUCAAAGAACUUUUCUUCACGUUAGAGAUGCGGCCCUAGCUUUCCUUCUUGCUUUAGACAAUUACGCCAGCAUGAAAGGUGCCGCUUUCAACGUUGGGGAUGAAUCUAUGAAUAUGACGAAACUCGAUGUGGCCAAGAAGAUUCAGAGUCGUGUCCCUGGAUGUAAAAUAAUUCCAGGUACAGGCGAAGACAAAGACCAAAGAAACUAUAAGGUCUCCUAUGCAAAAAUUAAGAAGUUAAAUUUCAAAUCAAGGAUCACAAUGGACGAAGGGAUAUCUGAGUUGGUCAACAUCUUACCUCUUAUGACUUUGGAAGAAGUAAAGGCCAGCAGGAAUGUUUGACAUCUCUUCUAGAACUGGUUUUAGGAUCUAAAUAAUUGUUUUUGGAAGUUUCCUUUGUAAUUGCUUCGAAAGAAAUGAAAAAGUGGAAUUACUUUUGCAUUCAAUAGCAAAAUUUUAUCUGGACAUUCUGAAUUCUUUUUAGUGCAGUAUUAAAAUGGACUUUUAAUAAAAAUCAUUAAAAACUUGA